CGAACCGGUGCGCCCCUGCCAUUCUCCGAUUCUUAUAAACGAUUUUUAAAUUGUAAAUUCGCUCGUUACAUUUUGCGUCCAUCCAAACAAUCAAGAAUAUCUGGCCACCCCCGUGACUGAUUGAUCUUAAUAAACGACUUAAUAAAAUGACAAGUUCAGUGACUACAAAUCCCUCGACGUUAUUACCCCUUGAGUUGGUUGACAAAUGUAUCGGUUCAAGGAUACACAUUAUAAUGAAAAAUGAUAAAGAAAUCGUUGGAACUUUACUAGGUUUUGAUGAUUUUGUUAAUAUGCUACUUGAUGAUGUAACGGAAAGUGAAGCUACACCUGAGGGACGUAGAGUGACAAAAUUGGACCAAAUCCUUCUUAAUGGCAACAAUAUUACAAUGUUAGUUCCCGGUGGAGAUAUGCCAGAUACAUAAUUAUACGCUAGUCAUACUAUGUAUGAAAAUAUGUAUACAAAUUUUACCAUUCAAGUGUAAAAACUAAUUUAAAUAAGAAUAUUUUUUCUUGUAAA